AUGUAUAAACGUCAUGUUUUUAUAGGCCCGCUCUCUUCACCUUCACCGGUCCAGAAUCCCGUACAAUUGCCCAGUCUUCCUUCCUAUGAUCGUCAUGCUGGCAAUAUCAGAACUUUGCUCUCACCACCAGAAUCACCUGAAAUAGCUUCCACAUAUGGUUCUCGACAACUUCAACAUCAAGAAGAAAGAUAUAUAGUUCCUCAAACAUCUGAACAACAAUGUGCUUGCUGCGUCAGCCGACCAGUGUCUAUCUACCAAUCUUCUUCGUAUAGCCAGCAAUCAUCCUCCGGUGUCUAUGACUCAUCAUAUUCCCAACAACGAUACUCGUCUUGCCCGCCACUUAUUCAUCCGAUCCCAAUCUCUCCGUUCGGUCGCAAACCGACAUUAUCAACAAUGCAAUCCCUUCCACGAUUGAAUACUUCGUUAUUAACCCCUGCCGCCAAACAUUAUGGAUAUCAUACUGAUCACUUCAAUGCGGAAACCGUUACCAAUGUCCUUAUUGUUCAAAACGAUUUUCGCGACCAAGUUCACUUAGGAUUCAUACCUAUUCCCAUACCGGUGAAAAACCUUUUGUGUGCACCGAACCUGGAUGCG